AUGGGGUUAGAAAAUAAUAGACUUGUUAGAAAAUAUAUCAAUUUUGAUGAAAAAACUGAAGGUUCAACCACUUUAGCUAUCCUUAUUGGAUUAUUUGCUGCUUUAGGUGGUGUUUUAUUUGGUUAUGAUACUGGUACUAUAGUAACAAUGCCAUAUGUCUUGAAAACUUUUCCUGAAGAUAAUCCAGGUUUAAAUGGUGAAGAAGGUGUAUUUUCAUCAAGUGAACAUUCAUUAAUUGUUUCAAUUUUAUCAGUUGGUACAUUUUUCGGUGCCUUGGGUGCUCCAUUAUUAUCUGAUACUAUAGGUCGUCGUUGGACUUUAAUUAUUGGUUCUGCAAUUGUUUUCAAUUUUGGUAUAAUUUUACAAACUGCUGCAACAAAUAUUAAUUUAUUAGUUGCUGGUAGAGUCUUUGCAGGAUUAGGUGUUGGUAUUAUUUCUGCUUGUAUCCCAUUAUAUCAAGCUGAAACUGUUCCUAAAUGGAUUCGUGGUGCUAUUACUGCAGUUUAUCAAUUUGCAAUUACAAUUGGAUUAUUUUUAGCUGCAAUUAUUAACCAGGGGACUCAUAAGAUUGAUAAUACUGCUUCAUAUAGAGUUCCAAUUGCUAUUCAAUUUUUAUGGUCUUUAAUUAUUACAACUGGUAUGAUUUUUUUACCUGAAACUCCAAGAUUUUAUGUUUCAAAAGGUCGUAAUGAUGAAGCUGCAGCAUCAUUAUCCAAGAUUAGAAGAUUACCAAUUGAUCAUCCUGCUUUAACUGAUGAAUUGGGUGAAAUUAUUGCAAAUUUUGAAUUUGAAAAUUUACAUGGUAAAAGUGGUUGGUUAGAUUGUUUUAAAACUAAAAAUCAUCAAUUAAAAAGAUUAUUUACAGGUGUUUUCAUUCAAGCUUUCCAACAAUUAACUGGUAUAAAUUUUAUUUUUUAUUUUGGUACAACUUUUUUCAAAAAUUCUGGUAUUGAAAAUGAAUUUUUAAUUCAAGUUGCAACAAAUAUUGUUAAUGUCUUUAUGACAAUUCCUGGUAUUUUACUUAUUGAAGUUCUUGGUCGUAGAACUUUAUUAAUGAUUGGUGCUGCUGGGAUGUGUGUUUCUGAGUUAUUAGUUGCAAUAAUUGGUGUUGCAGCAUCAUCAGAUUCAAGUAAUAAAGCAUUAAUUGCAUUUACAUGUAUAUUUAUAUCAUUUUUUGCUUCAACAUGGGGUUGUUUAGCUUGGGUUGUUUGUGGUGAAAUUUUCCCAUUAAGAACUAGAGCAAAAUCAGUUGCAAUGUCUGUUGCAUCAAAUUGGUUAUGGAAUUUUGCUAUAGCAUAUGCAACACCAUAUUUAGUUGAUGAUGUUGAUGGAUCAGCAAGGUUAGGUGUUAAAGUGUUUUUCAUUUGGGGUGGAUGUAAUUUCCUUUGUUUCUUUUUUGCAUAUUUCUUUGUUUAUGAAACUAAAGGUUUAUCAUUGGAAAGUGUUGAUGAAUUAUAUGAAACAAUUCCUCGUGCAUGGCAAUCUAAAGGCUUUAAACCAACAGAAAAUAAAUUUUCAAAAGAAUUGGGUCAUCAACAUGGUGGUAGUGUUCUUGAAGCUGGAAGUGGUGAUGAAUUAGCUGAAAAGGCACAAAUUACAAAUGUUGAACGUUUACCAACUGGUCAAGAUUCUGUUUAG